AUGUUAAAGGAUGGAAUAUUAAAGAAAUAUUGCUUUUUGGUUUAUUCAGAUACAGAAAAAUGCACCAACUGUCCAGAUGAUCAAUACCCAAAUGAAAACCGAGUCCAAUGUGUUCCCAAAAGCACAACCUUCCUUUCUUAUGAAGAACAUCUGGGAAUCACCCUGGUCUCUUUUGCCAUAUUCUUGUUUCUAGCCACAGGUCUUAUUUUAAUCAUAUUCAUUAUAUACAGAGAAACACCCAUUGUCAAAGCCAACAACCACGACCUCUCCUACAUCCUCCUGGUCUCCCUCCUACUUUGCUUCUUGUCUCCUUUUCUUUUUAUUGGUCAACCAAGGAAAACCACCUGCCUUCUCCGACAAACAGUUUUCAGCAUCAUCUUUUCAGUUGCCAUUUCUUCUCUCUUGGCCAAAACCAUCACAGUUGUUCUGGCUUUCCUGGCCACAAAACCAGGAAAUCAAGUGAAGAAAUGGCUGGGUAAGAGCUUGACCAACUCCAUCAUCCUUUCUUGUUCUUCUGUCCAAAUUGUCAUCUGCUCCAUUUGGCUGGGAGUUUCUCCUCCAUUCCCUGACUCUGACUUCCACUCUCAACCUGGAGAGAUCAUCCUGCAAUGCAAUGAAGGAUCUGUUGUCAUGUUCUACAUCACCCUCAGCUACAUGGGCUUCCUGGCUGCCAUCUGCUUCACAGUGGCUUUCCUGGCCAGGAAUCUGCCUGGGGCCUUUAAUGAAGCCAAGCUGAUCACCUUCAGCAUGCUGGUCUUCUGCAGUGUCUGGAUGACUUUUGUGCCCAGCUACCUUAGCACCAAAGGGAAAUACAUGGUGGCUGUUCAGGUCUUCUCCAUAUUGUCCUCUAGUGCUGCUCUGCUGGGCUGCAUCUUCAUCCCCAAGUGCUACAUUAUCAUUCUGAGUCUACCUUAUGCUACCUCUGGAAUAAAACCAUUUAUUUUUACCAUUCAAAUGGUCAACAAGGAUAUCCAACUUCUUAACAAUCUCACACUUGGAUACAACAUCCAUGACAACCAUUUGACCACACUUGGCACUGCAGAAGGCUUGAUGGACACGCUGUCUACUGGAAGGGCCAAUGUUCCUAACUACAGCUGUGGGAUGAAGGACAACCUUCUGGCUCUUAUUGAUGCAGCUGAUAUGGAGAUCUCCAUCCAGAUGUCAGCAUUAGUAGGCACCUACAAAGUCCCAGAGUUCCAUCCCUUUCUGGAGAAGAAUGAGUUCUAUAAUCUUUCCCACUGGAAACUUUACCUGGACCAAAAUGGAGAAGUAACUGCAGACAUGGACAUUGAGUUCUUGGUGGCUUCAGGACAUUUGACCAAAAGGAACCUGGGGAGUAUUGAAAGACAGAGACUUACUAUCAACCAGAGUUCUGUUUCAUGGCUAAACCUCUUCCUCAGUCCCAAUGUGUGGAAAAUUGUCAUCCUGGAUUUGUCAAGAGGAAACGAGAAGGAGAGCCAGUUUGCUGCUAUGACUGCAUUCCUUGUCCAGAGGGGACCAUCUCUACUCAGGAAGGUAGGUGAGAUCCAAGAAAAGGACAGGAUGGGUUUCACAAAAUUUUGGAACCUACUAUCCUUCCUUUUUGCUAUCCAAGAGAUCAACCAGGAUUCCCAUCUCUUGCCUAAUAUCACCCUGGGUUACACUGUCUAUGAAAAUUAUUACAAUGCAGAAAAGACUUCGGAUGCUUUGCUGGACCUGCUCUCAGAAGGAGAGGCCAGUGUUCCCAACUACAGGUGUGGGAGACAGAGAAACAUAGUGGCUGUUCUGGAAGGGGCUGAAACUGGCCUCUCCAUCCAGAUAACAUCCAUGUUGGGCACCUACAAAAUCCCACAGAACUGUUGGGAAGCUGUUUUGUAA